AUGUCAGAUGAUGAAGAUGAUGAUUUAUUUGUGAUCAAGAGAAAGGUUGACAAUAAUAACAAUAACAAUAAUAAUAAACAAAAUGAACAACAACAACAACAAGAUAAUAAUAAUAUAAAUACAAUAACUGAUAUUGUUGUAACAUCAUCAAAUAUUAAUAAUACUAAUAAUAAUAAUCACAAGAAAAAGAAAAGAUUUAAUUAUAAAAGAUUCUUUAGACUAAAUAAUACUAAUAGUAAUAGUAAUAAUAAUAACAGUAGCGGUAGUAGUAAUAAUAAUAAUAAUAUAAGUUCAAAUGGACAACCAAAUUUAGAGGAUGAUGAUGAUGAAGAGAUAGAAGUUGAUGAUGACUAUAUAAUGUCUCCAAUUGAUUGGAUUCCUGAUGAGUUAUUGGCUCGUAUCUAUGGCUAUCUAGACCCUGCUCAUUUAGGAAGAGCUGCUACUGUUUGUUCAAGGUUUUAUAAAAUAUCAUAUGAUGCAUCAUUAUGGAGAGAUGUAUUAAAACAAUGGGAAUUAACAUCACCACAAUCAUUGUAUAAUAAGAACUUAAAGAAACAUAAAAGAUAUAGAGGUGAUUUUGAUGAAGAUGAUGGACAUGGUCAUCAUAGUAGUCAUCAUCACAGCAGAAGAAGGAAAGGUGGAUUGGAAAUGGAAGAAGGUGGUGGAGGAGGUACAGUCAAAAACCAUCCACUUCGAGAAAGAACCUAUUACGUUGAACGAUUUAAAGCAGAGGUAAAAGCACAUCAAUCAUCAGAGUUGAGACACAUGGAAAUGGCACGUGUCACAAAAUACCAACAAAAUAUAGAGAGUAGUGCCAAGUUGAUGAAAUACGCAUUCUAUGCUGAACCAUGGUACGAUAUCCUAUGGUUGGCAUGCAUCAUCUUUUUCUCUAUCCUUUUACCUCUACAAUGUGAAGGUGUAAUCGAGUGGCCUUGGGCUACCAUAUUUACACCAUUACUUCCAAUUGUUUAUCUUGCUGUUGGUGCUCCAAUAACUUAUGAAUAUUUUAAAUAUAAAAAUAAUUAUGAUUAUGUUGAUGAACUUGGAAUCAUUCAAGAAAGAAGAGUACCAUCAUUUGUAAAGUUACUAUUUUUCGAACCACUUUGGGAUGCGGAUCAUAUGGAUCGAUUGUUCUUUUUCACUCCGAUAUUGACGAUUGUCACCUUUUUAAUCUUGAUUAUUGUCAAGUUGAGUGAUGGUGCGCUGGUCAGUUGGGGUGGUGUAUUUGUACCAUUACUCAUUCUAUGUGUAGCAUUAUUCUUCUUUCCAUUCUUUUAUCCACAUCGUAUCAACAACACUAGAUGUAUAUUUGAUCAAAUAUUUAUGAUUUUUAUUAAUUCUCUUAUAUUUAUAUUUGUUAUAUUAUUAUAUAAAAAGAUAAAUAAUGAUUUAAAUGUUAGUUGGUAUUAUAUUUUCAUUCCAUUAUUUAUUAGUGAUUUAGCAUUAAUAUUCUAUCCAUUGGUCAUUCUAAUGUUGAAAAAGAUACAAAGAUUAGAUUUAUUCAUUCCAAUUUAUAUAUUAGAAGUAAGAGAGGGCGAUAGAGAUAGGGUAGGAGGCAAUUUUUAUUUAUUAAUUACCCCAUCCGUCACGAUGCUGCCUACUACUCAUUAUUCAACUCCCCCAUCAUCAUCAUCAUCAUCAUCAUCAUUCUUUCAACAACAACAAGAUAGAAGUGACUAUAGUACAAGGACAACACCAACUACUACAACAUAUGGCAAAAUAAAGCCAGGUUCACCAUCGCCUCGAUCAUCAUAUUAUCCCAACAACAUUGUAGUACCACCAUUAUCACCUAGCGAGGUUGUAUUGGAAGAGGUCAUACCUGAUGAUAUAGAGGUCAGAGAUGCAUUGUUUCCACCACAUCAAUCAGAGUCACCAUCCCCUUUUAUCGAUUCACCUUUAACUCCUAUCAAACCAACUGUUGGUUCAACAAAACAAACACCAAGACGUUGGAGAUUAGUCCCUGCAAAUUGUACUUGUGUAGUUCAUGAUGAACAUCAUCAACAUCAACAACAACAAGUUUGUCAAAAAUGUAAUUCUUCAGUUGGUGGUGGACCAGUUAGUGAUCAAAAGCCACCUAUAUCUACACCUCCAUUACUACGUCGAUCAUCGUCAUCAUCAUCUCAUCAACAACAUAGUAAUGGUCAUAGUAAUGGUAAUAAUGUAAUUUACUCAACACCAGAUGGUAAACAUUAUAGAUCACCAAUCCCAACUGGACCAACGGCGACAUUUAAUGUUACACCCAUGUCAACAAUGCACAGGACAACAACAACGUCAUCAUCAACAUCAUCAUCUAGAAGGGGAUCUUCUUUGGACCACUCUUACAUUUCACCAACUGGUAAAAGAACAAUAGUUGAAUAUAAUGUCUACCCUAGUGGAGAUUAUAAUAGAGAGAUGCAAUUAUUAAAGACAGAGGUUAAUAUAUUAGAGGAUGAAUUUGAACAUCUCAAAAGAUCAACAAAUAGUAAUGAUAGAAGUCGGACUAUUAAUAGUAUAUUCAACGACGAGAGUAUAUCAAGAGAAAGAGAAGAAGUUCAAUUUAAAAAGACAUUGGUAGAGAGUGAAAUCAAAGAGACUCAGAAGGAGUUGAAUGAUCAAGUCAUCCAACUAAAGGAUUUAUUGCGAUUGGUCGAAGGUCAAAAAAAAGUAUUAGAGUCUAGUGUAAACGAGAUACAUUAUGCUUGUGAACAAGCUCAAAAAGACAGUCGACAAUUGGCACAUGAACGACAAACCCUAUUGCACAAGAUAGAAGAGUAUGGUAGAGAAUUAGAGAGUCGUGGAGUAGACACUGAAUUAUUUAUAGAGUUGGAACAACACGUUGAAUCAAUCAACCAAACAAUUGACACUAAAUUGGAACACCUCAAUUUUGACAUUGAAUCAAAAGAGAGUAGUGAACAAAUAUUGACAAUGGAACAAGCCAAGAGGUUAAUGGCUGAUCAAGUAACUAGUCAAGGCAAGGCAUUUGUACUAUUGGAAGAAUUGACAAUACUCUAUCAUAAAAUACAAGAUUUAGAGGAUGCGUCACAAGGACGUGUUGAUCAAGCCAUUGAACAAGCUAAAGAAGAACUAUAUUAUGAAGAUAAACAAAAGAUGGAAUCUGAUAUUGCUUUGUUAAAUACAGAGAUUGAUACACUUGUAAUGGAAAAGGAUCAAAAGACACAGGAUCUACAAUUGGUACGCGAUGAAUUAUUCCAAUCAAAAGAGGAAUGUGAAGCUCUUGGUAAUGAGCUAAGAAAAUUAAAGGAUCAAGAGAUUGUCAGAAAUGAACAGUACAAGGACAAAGUACUUCUUACCAACAAACAAUUAGAGGAUAUUCGAGAGUCAUUGGAUACCUAUGAAUACAAUGAAACAUUUUAUAAAAAGGAAAUAGACCAAUUAUCAAGAAACCAGUCUACUCUACAACACCAAGUCCAACAAUUCCGAUCUAGUGAAACACAACUAAAGAAUCAUAUCAAAGAUAUAGAAACAAAACAUAUCAGUCAACAAGAAGAAACGAAAAGCGAGAUUCAACAACUCAACGAUAGAAUUGCACAACUAUUAGAGGAAAACGAUGAUAUGAAGGAAAGAUUGAGUAAAGUUCAUAUUGUCAUUCAAGAUUCACCAAGAGUUCCUUUAUCAAAAGAGACAAUAGAAGCAUUGACUCCAAGUAAACAACAAAGAUCAUCAUCAUUUUUUUAUUCACAUCAACCGCAACAACAACAAGCUCCAUUAUCUUCACAAAAAUUACAACCAACAAGUAGUAUUUAUCAAUCAACUUAUAAACCUCCACCUCUAUCAAGUCUAAGCGUCGAUGAUUUAAAUGGGUCAACAACUUUAAAAAAUCCAAUUAGACAGGAAUUCCAAGAUAAAAGGGAUUCUUUAUUAUCAACUCUAAAGAGUCAAUCUUUGGAUAAAGAAAUUGAAACAAAUCAAGAACAAGAAGAACAAGAAGAACAACCAGAAAUUGAAGAGCAUGAACAAGAAGAGGAGGAAAUUAACCAAAAAGAACAACCAGAUACUGAAGAUUAUGAUCAACGAGAAGAACAAAUAGAGGAGGAGGAGGAGGAGGAGGAAGAAGAGGAAUUACAAGAGGAGGAAAUUGAACACGAAGAGGAAAUUGAGGAAGAAGAGGAAAUUGAACAAGAAAUUGAAGAAGAGGAAAUUGUAGAAAAUAAUGAGGGAUCAUCACAACAGUACAGUUAUCGCUCUUACCAAACACCUUUAAAAGAUGAUAAAUCCUUUACUGGUUCUUCUUCAUCUUUAUCUUAUUCAAAAUAUACAACAAAGGAAGAAACAAUGUCACCUUUAUUUAGUGCCAAUCCAUUCAUGACUGAUGAAGACCAUAUGGAUUAUGUUGAUGAAAAUGAAAAAUAUGUAUCACGUCAUUGGUCAAGUUCAAGUUCAACAAAAGAAGAAGAAGAAGAGGAUUCUAGAAUGGUUAAUGUGUUGCAAGAUAGCGACAACCUUUUAGAGCAAUUUAGUAUGGAGGAUGGUAAGAAUUAUAUUUUGGAAGACCCAGAUAAAUCGUCGCCAAGAAAGACCUCACCAUCCAAAGCAUGGCACCCAAACAAUACUAUCGAUAAAAUACUUUUGAAUCAUUCACCCCUCAAGGAUGAACAACAGAGGCGAUUGUACACAGUACCGACGACAGUUCAAAAAAUCGAUGCCAAAAAUGGCGACUAUCGAGUCAGCAAUACUAAAAUUAACCUCAAACUUCAUAGUGGAGAGCUAGUCGUUCGAGUUGGAGGAGGAUACGAAAAGUUUGUUACCUUUAUUCAAAGACACCGAAAUUUACGAUGGUUCAAGGAUGGACGCGAAAUUGACAAAAAAAAUUACGACCAAGAGAUUAAAAAUUUUGAAAUACAACGUAAAACCAAAGACAUUGGCAAUGUUACCUUUAUCGUAAAGGGUUGUGAAAGUCAAUUUGGCCACCACGUCUCACGUUGUUUUGUCAGAACCGUAGUGUCAACCUUGCAAACCAUGUUAACUUUUGGAAUCUAA